AUGGCAAAGCCAAGCCUGCUGCACGCACACAUUCUUAUUUGGUUAGUGGAAAGAAUUCAGCCUGACCAAAUAGAUGAUAUCAUAUGUGCCGAGAUUCCUGAUCAUGAAGUCGAUCCAGACCUACAUGAUGUUGUUACUACUAAUAUGAUUCAUGGACCGUGUGGUGCCAUCAAUCCCCAAUCACCUUACAUGGUCGAUGGAAAGUGCUCUAAACGAUAUCCACGGAAAUUAACGGCGGAGACUGUCACUGGCAACGAUGGGUAUCCGCUGUAUCGGCGUCGAUCACAAGUUGACAACGGUCGAACUGUCACAACGAAAGUGAAAAGAAUGGAUUUCGUUGUCAACAACAGUUGGAUUGUUCCAUAUUCGCCACUUAUUUCUAAAACGUUCAAGUCACAUUGCAACGCUGAAUACUGCAAUUCAGUUAAGUCCAUAAAAUAUAUUUCCAAAUAA